GGGGAAGCCAAGGCCCCUCUGGGCUAGAACAAUUUCUUGCCCCUUGUCUGCAGCUGAACCAGUCCAUUGUGGGGCCUGCCUGGCUUCAGCACCCCAGGGUUCAAGAAGUCCACCCUCCUCUCCCUGGACACUGCCUCCCCAGCCCCUUGCACCCACAGAGCUGCAGAUUCCCACCCAUGGCUCUGAGAUAGAUUUGUGAGGAGGUGUUGGGAGACUGGGAGUAGGGGUAAGGCUAAAUCCUGAGGGGUCCAGACUCACUGAUGGGUCAACCUGGGGCUCCACCUUUCCAACACCCCCGACAUCCGCAAGGUCAGGGUUAGUGUUCACCAUCCUGUCUGGACCAAUCUGGAGGUGGGGUGGGCAGUCAGACAGGUCUGGCAGGAGCCUGGGAUCUGGAGGGAGUGGCCCCAACACAGGCACCCUCCCACAGGGAGGGGCACUACAUACCCAGCUGCUGGUAGGCCUGUGGUUGGGGUCAAAACUGGUGAGGAGCUCCAGCCAGAGGGAGGAGGUGUAACAGGUCAGGUCCGGAUGCCCUGCCCUCGGCCGCCCUGGCUCCACCGCCCCCGGGCCCCCCAGGGCUCGGGCCCCAGCACCCCGGGCUCCUUGACCGCACCCUGCUCCCCCAGCAGAGGGGAGGACGAAGAUCAGGGCGAGGAGGAGGAAGGGGACUGCAGCCCAGGCUCGGGGCUCAUCUUGCCGCCGGCGUCCCCAGUGGAGUGCCUCAUCUGCGUGUCACCCUUUGAUAGCGUAUUCAAGCUGCCCAAGCGCCUGGACUGCGGCCAUGUCUUCUGCCUCGAGUGUCUGGCUCGCCUGUCUCUGGCCACAGCGGGCGGCGGCGACGCGGUGGCCUGCCCAGUGUGCCGCGCGCCCACGCGCCUGGCCCCGCGCCGCGGGCUGCCCUCCCUGCCCACGCAGCAUGGCCUCCUGCCCCGCACCGCGCGUACCCCGCUGCCACGCCAGGGCUCCGUGCGCUUCGACCGCCGGCGUGGCCUGCUCUACCUGCGGCCGCCGCCCCCCGCGCCCGGGCCGCGCAAGGCCCGCCCGCCGCCGCCGCCGCCGCCGCUGCGCCUCGGCCGUCCACUGUCCCGCCGUCUGACGCUGGCCAACUCUGCCUGGGUCUUCCACGCGGCCGUGGCCCUGGCCGUGCUGGUGGCCGCGGGCCUUGUGGUCUCGGGCAUCUACAUCUUCUUCCUCAUCCCGCGCGCCUCCACCUCCGGCCCAGCGCGGCCCCAGCUUGUGGCGCUCGCCCCCGCGCAAGGCUUCCCCUGGCUGCCGCCUCGGCCCACACCGGGGGCGCUCUGGACCCCUGCCUGGACACCGCGCCCCAUGGACCCAGACCUAGACACCGCCCCGCCAGUGGCUGCAGAGGAUGCGCUGGCGCCCGAGGGGCUUCCUGAUGAGACACCAGACAGGCCCUUGGACCGCAGGUUGGGGGCGGAGGCUGAUCCUCACUGGGCCCCGCGGGCACGGGGCGGGAGGAGGCUGUGGGGGCCACAGUAAACGCAUCUGCGCUGCAGGCCCUGCCUCCAGGCCUGGGGACCUCGGCCCCAUCCUGAUGCUCUCCAUGACAACUCCGCCAUGAUGCCCAUGGAGGCUGGAGAGGACGCAGGGCAAGCACCCAUUGCUACAGAGAGCUCUGGCAGCAUAAGCGGGAGGGACCCUCUCAGGAGCACCCCUGACUCCAGUCCCUGUGGGCGUCCAGCUGGGGCUGCCCUGCCUUCCAUGUUCCCAAAGGCCCGUUUGGAAGGCACCCACCCAUAAACCUCGUCUCCAGGAGGGUACAGUUGGGAGUACCUUUGAUCAUCCUUUACUGUGGGAGUCCAGCAGCGAAGGCCCUGGCCAAAUCCCUGCAGGGGCCCUAAGCGGGGCACCCAUAUCCCAGAUCCUGAGAGUCCUACUGAGUGCACCCUCAGUCAUCAGAGGCGCGGGAGAACGUUCACCCUUGGCUGGCACCAGGGCUGAAGGCUCUGAUUUACCUAUCCUCUGGGUUUCUGCAGGUGCUGGGGACUCCCGUCUUUGGAUGGCAGAUCACUCCCUGGCCACACCCAUUGACCGGCCCAUUGCAAGGCUAACUACCCCCCACCUUAGGGUGUGAAGUUUAUUUUCUACUCUGCUGCCUGCAGGCUGGGCCUGGGUGGGAUCCCGCCAUCUCUGUGCUGCUCCCGGGUUGCUGCCUUGCACACCUGGCUGGGACUUGGGCUUGGAGUAGUGUGGUCAGGGCUGGGGAGGGAUUGAUAGGGCCUGAGCCUCAAAGACUGGCUCCCACCUGGGUCCUGAUAUCAAAAUGCAAUGGGAGCCUUGACUUCUUUUGGGGGCAGUGGCUUCUGGGAUUCUUCUAAUAUGCUGUGGGGCAGCUGUGGUCACUGAGUCUCAAAGAGGCCAAGGUGGUCCUCUGGGUCAGUGUCAUGUGAUUUUGGGUGGGAGCUUGCUCCUGGACAUCCCUGGCCUUCCUGAGGGACCCUGGCCCCUAUCCCUGCCCACGAGAGGCCCCAUCACCUCCAUCUCCACUCAAAUACUCAGGGCCAGUUCCUGCACCUACUUGAGGGCUCCAUCAGCCUUUGUGGCAACCCUGUGGUAUGCCUCAGCCCUUCCUCUGGACAGCAGCCUACAGGGAGGGCAGCUCUUGAAUUCCUUCCUCCUCCCAGAAGCCUUCCUGAGUUAGUCACCGUUGGGUAGAUGGCAGUCAACUUCUGAACAAACUGAACAUGGGCCUUCUGCCUACCCCUUAAGCCCUGGGGCCCCCAUUCUGCCUCACUUCACCUGGGUUUGGGAUGCUGUGUGUAGCAGGUGGGCAUCCGGCCUUUUUAGAGAGAAAUGUGACAUCUGUGGGGUUGAAAGCCCCUGUUUGAUUUGUUUACAUGUGUGUCCUCAGCACCUGGCAUACAGUGGGUACCAAAUAGUUUUCUGGGGAGUGACAGCACUGCAGGUAACCAGGAGGCAACCUGGGAAUGCCUCCAGGUACCCUCGGUUCACUCGGCUCCCAGCCACCCUGACCUCAGCAUGUCAGUGGGGCUCCUUUUGCUGAGAUCUUCUGCUUCCAGGUGAGAAGCAGGAGGACAAACAUCAGGGCUUCGAAGCAAGUGUCUGCCUGGACCAUGCCUGGGGUCAAUGACAGCUACAGGGGCCGGGAUGAGCGUGCUGGGUCACUGGGCAGGUACAGCCCAGCCCCACAGGGAGGAGACCUGGUCAGGCAGGCAGGGUUGAUUGGUGGUUUGUAUUAGUUUUCCUUGACUGCUGCAACAAAUUACCACCAGUUCGUUAGAGGAACACGUUAGGUACCUUACAGUACUUUAGGCCAGAAAUCUUGAAAUCAGUUUCACCAGGAUAAAGUUGAGGUGUCCGCAGGGCUAGUUCCUUCUGGAGACUCUACGAAAGAAUUUCCUUAGCUUUAUCCUCUAGAGCUGCUUUCCUUGGCUUCCUACUGUCUCUUCAGAGGCAACAGUAUAGCGUCUUCCAAUCUCCUGACUUUCCUGACUCUCUCUUUCACUUAUAAGGACACAGAUUAAAUUGAGUCCCCCUGGAUAAUCCAGGCUGGUCUCUGCAACUCAAUAUCCUGAAUUUAAUUACAUCUGCAAAGUCCAUUUUGCCAUGUAAGUUCACAGAUUUCAAGGAUUAGGAUCUGGAUGUCUUUGGGAGCCAUUAUUCAACUUACCAUAGGAUCUCAGAUAUCUCCCUCCUCAUCCCUUCCCUCCUCCACCCCAGGCUGGGAGAGUUUUUUUUUUUAGGGGCCAGUGUAGAACUGGCAGGGAUGGGCCCAGCCAAGGGGUCAGAAAGGGGCCCUUGGCUGACAGUGCACAAAAGAGGAAGAGAUGAUGCUUUCUGCCUGAGGAUGUUCAAGGAAGGCUGCCUGGAGGAAGAAGACCUCAGAGCUGUCUCUUAAAGGGUGCUCAUGGGAAACGACAGCUGGCAUUGAGGCAGGGUGAUGGCGGCUGAGGGCAGUGGGCAGUCCUACCUGUCCUAAUGUGCUUCCACCUCCCUCCUCGGGACUAUGGGGAAGGGUUGCUUCUCCACCCUCCCACCUGGGAGCCUAGGGCCUCAGUCUCUCUUCCCGUAAAAUGAGGUUGGUGACAGAGCCCAGGGGUCCUGUCUGAGUGUCCCUGUCUGCUGAUUACUAUCUCCAUGUCUGCCUGCCCACUGCCCAUGAACGAAGGGUCUGCCUGAAGCCACCCCGGGGCCAGGAUCAUGGGGUACUCCUCCCCACACUUGCCUACGAGCUUCUGUGGCCACCUGAAGCUGUGCCCUUCCGGCCCUCCCUCUGCCCACUCCAACCCUGCUGGACCCUCUCCCCACCACCUGCCUCAGGUUUGCUCCUCCUCCAAAGUCUCAAUGUCUCUGAACACCCAGACACAAAGACUGGGUCAGGGUCAGCCUCAGUGCCUGACAUGGUGCCUGGGAGGCUUUACCCGCCAGACUUUGGUUCUGUCUUCUGUAAAAUGGGAGACAAUAAACUACUUGCAGGAA